GGAAGCUAGCUUUGCUGCAAGCGCUGCGGUCUUUGGUGUAUCCGGGGGUGCUAAAAGAUAUCUGCUUACAGAUAAUAUUGUGAAAUUACGAGAAUUUCAGCAAAAGAAGGUGGCUAUUGCACAUAAUCUUCCUGGCACCAAAGAAACCUAUCUGAAAAAAUUGGAAGAGAAAUUGACCCAGAACAAGCUCAUCUUGAAGGAGGAGUUGAGAACCUUACUUCAUUUGUGUGAGUCCCGGGACGAUGUGGAACUGGCUAAAAAUGUCAUUUACAGGUACCAUGCAGAGAACAGAAAUGUCACUUUGGGGGAGUUCAAGUUUGGACCACUUUUCAUGAGGCUGUGCUACGAGUUGGAUCUUGAGGAGUCUGCAGUGGAGCUCGUCAGAGACCAGCAUUUACGAGGUUUCUUCUCAGACUCUACAUCAUUUAAUCUUUUGAUGAACAUGUUAUUUAUCAAAGGCAAAUAUAAAAGUGCGCUGGAAGUAUUGGUUGAGAUGAAAAACCAAGAAGUGAAGUUCAGCAAAGAUACCUAUGUCCUUGCUUUUGCAAUUUGCUACAAACUGAAUAGCCCUGAGUCUUUUAAAAUCUGUACUACGCUAAGGGAAGAAGCUCUAAUCAAAGGAGAAAUCCUCUCCAGGAGAGCGUCAUGUUUUGCUGUGGCUCUAGCCCUGAAUCAGAACCAGGUGGAAAAAGCUACAUCCAUUUUUUCUCAAAUCAUGAAGCCAGAAAACAUAAUCUGCGAUAAUUUAAAUCUUAUGAUCCAUAUCCAGUCAAAUACGUUGAAAACCGUGAUAGAGAUACUAAAGGAUGCUGCAGAGGGAAACUUAUCAAGAUUUGUGAAAAAAACGAAAUUCUCCGAAGAAGUGCUGGCCAAAGUGAGGGAAAAAGUGAAGGAUGCACCUGCCCUUCUGGCCAGAUUUGAUGAGCUCUAUGGGAAACUGCACAUAAACGGCCAGGUCACCACUUACAGUUUGGAUGCUCUGCUCUGCCACACCCCCAGGGACCUGAAGUCCCACAUUGUACUGAUAAACAGGAGGACAGUCAGCCGCCGGACCUUCCAGCCGCUCAGCCAGUCCCUGUGGGCUGAGUAACCCUGGGUCCAAGCCCCCCGUGGGGUGGGUCUGAGUUGGAUGGGGCCUGCUUCUAGUGAAUUACUGGUGUCCUAAGAAAUCAGGCACCAAGCUCCAGUGGACACUGUACUACCACUUGGUCUCCUCCUUAAUUUCCGUGUUCAUUGAGUGCAGGCAUGCUGACCGGAGAAGAUACCAUUGUGUCACUUUGAAGGUCUAGAUAUAGACGAGCAGAAAGCACAGCUCCCUCAGAAAGGAGGCUGGCCUCUGGUAAACUGCUGGGGAUCCUGAAGGGAACGUCGUCAUGGUGUGCGGUCCAGCUGCUGGUGCCAGAGUUCGCAGUAGGCAGUGGUGGAAGGAACUGCGCUGGAAGUGGUCGGCUCCGACUGCCUCUCAGGGGAGUGGCUGCUCGCGGACUUCAGAUGGUCUGCUCCGCUGUGCUGGGAAGUAGCCCAGGACCUUCUCUCUGUUUCUGCUCUCAUUGAUCUGUGACCCCACAGAAGGUACCUGAGCCCUCAUUUUUCCACCCGUAAAAUAAUAGUGCCUAUAUGAAUCUGCAUGUUGAUUUGAGAUUUUCACUCAGGGUUCAGUAGGGUCACAUUUUCUCAAAAAAUAAGAAAAAUAA